CCCCACAUCACCACUCAACCCAACCCAACACCCCUCACUAUCACUAAUUCUUCUUCUCUACCACCACCAAGAUACGCACCUCCGGCCUCGACGCGACGGCUUCAUCUAGAAAGCGCCUGUGUUUCCAGUACACCAGACGCAAUAAAUAAAGCCACUUCCUCCGACGUCUCACCGGCACCACUUUGACUACUAGUCUCCCCGCUACAUCCAUUACCACCGCCACCAUGUCUUUCGUCAACUGCCGGUACUAUCCGGACAAAUACCCUGAGGUCGAUAGCUAUGUCAUGGUCAACGUCAAGCAGAUCGCCGAGAUGGGUGCCUACGUGAAGCUUCUAGAAUACGAUAACAUCGAUGGCAUGAUCCUUCUCAGUGAACUGUCGAGACGGCGUAUCCGUUCCAUUCAGAAGCUCAUCCGAGUUGGCCGGAAUGAGGUCGUGGUUGUGCUCAGGGUUGACAAAGAGAAGGGUUACAUUGAUCUUUCCAAGCGCCGGGUCUCCCCCGAGGAUGUGAUCAAGUGCGAGGAGAGAUUCAACAAGAGCAAAAUGGUCCAUUCGAUCUUGAGGCACGUGGCCGAAAAGGUCAAGGAGCCUAUUGAGACCCUCUACGAGACUAUCGGAUGGCCUCUGCAGAAGAAAUAUGGACACGCUGUUGAUGCGUUUAAAUACUCCAUCACUAACCCGGAUGUGUGGGAUGAUGUUCAGUUCCCGUCUGAGGCGGUGCGUGCCGAGCUCACCAACUACAUCUCGAAGCGUCUUACGCCACAGCCCACCAAGGUCCGUGCCGACGUAGAGGUUACUUGCUUCGGAUACGAGGGCAUCGACGCCGUCAAGGAAGCUCUUCGCAAGGCUGAGGCCAAGAACACCCCAGACACUCCCGUCAAGGUGAAGCUCGUUUCGCCGCCUCUUUACGUCCUCACCUCGCAGUGCUUGGACAAGACCACCGGUAUACAAGUUCUUGAAGAGGCCAUCAAGGAUCUCGAGGCGUCAAUUACAGCUGCCGGCGGAAGCUGCACCGUCAAGAUGGCACCUAAGGCUGUCACCGAAUCCGACGAUGCCGAGCUGCAGGCUCUCAUGGACAAGAAAGAAAAAGAGAACCAGGAGAUCUCAGGAGACGAGGACGAAAGUGUCAGCGAGGACGAAGUUUGAUUGUGCGUUGGGCGAGGUAUCUUUUAGCUCGUGCUUCUCUCUUUCUCUGUCUGUAUGUGUCCGCAAAAGGUUUACAAAAGUCUGGGGAGUUUGGUGGACCGCGUAAUGGGCGGAUACUUCGUGUGGGGUCACAAUUUUCGGAGAUGUUUUAAAAUGCAAAGAACACCACGAAAUGAGAUAGUCAUCGAAACCAUGGG